UUGACCUCUUUUUAAAAUAAUAUACACAAACAUUUGCUUUGUGUUAAUUUUUUGUUAAAGUCCCCACUUUCAUUGCAAACCUGUCGCAUGAGUUUGAAAUGGUAGAAAGGGUUUUGGUUUCACACCUUUUUUAAGGUUGGUAAACCAGCUGUUGGAAACAUUAAAUGUCACAGAAUAAGUCUGAAUGUCACAGGUGGUUUGCACCACAGAUCGAUGCUCAUAAUGCUCAUAGUAAGAACACCUCUGGUUCCCUGAAUAUGAAUUCUACAGCUGCCUUGCUGAGGACCACUGCACAGCCUUCAUGGACUGAGAUGGUGACCAACAGCACCCUUGAUCUAAAUUAUCAUGAAUUGUCCAGUGUGAAUGGACAAGAGGUGACAACUGGUGACAGCUAUGAUGAAUACUAUGAUGAAAAAAUUGAUCAGUCUGCGUUUUCCUGUAAUUAUGGAGUUCAUGGAGCUAGCAUCCUUCCUGUGUUAUACUCCCUGUUUUUUGUGGUGGGCUUUCUGGGUAACACACUUGUGAUCUGGGUGGUCUUGAUGGGUGUGAAGCUGAGAAGCAUGACUGACAUCUGUCUCCUGAACCUGGCUAUAGCUGACCUGCUGCUGGUCUCCUCUCUUCCCUUCCUGGCACAUUAUGCCAGAGACCAGUGGAUCUUUGGAAAUGUCAUGUGCACUAUGGUCCUCAGUGUCUACUACAUCGGAUUCUACAGUGGGAUAUUCUUUAUAGUAUUGAUGAGUGUUGAUCGAUACUUAGCUGUAGUUCAUGCUGUGUUUGCCUUGAGAGUCAGAACAAGGACAUAUGGGAUCUUAGCCAGUAUGGUCACAUGGAUCAUUGCUGUUUUUGCAUCCUUUCCUGAGUUGCUGUACCUCAAAACCACAGACUUAAAUAAUCAAACGCUUUGUUCAUAUUACCCAACAGAUAGUCAACCUUCUAAUCAUACUUCAAGGGUAAAUGGUAUCUUUAAAAUGAAUAUCAUGGGUUUAAUUCUCCCACUUAUUGUGAUUGGAUUUUGUUACUCAAUGAUUCUAAUUAGACUCCUGACAGUUCGCUCUUCCAGGAGGCAGGCCAUGCGUCUAGUUAUUGUGGUGAUGGUGGUCUUCUUUUGCUGUUGGGCUCCAUACAAUGUUGCAGCUUUCGUGAAAGCCUUAGAGAUAAAAGAAUACAUACCUCAUUCCUGUGAGAGCAGUAAGGCAAUCACUCUAAGUCUGCAGAUCACAGAAGCUGUGGCUUACUCACACAGCUGCCUGAAUCCCAUUCUCUAUGUGUUUGUGGGAGAGAAAUUUAGGAGGCAUCUUUUCAGACUCCUGUACAGGACACCCUUCAGUAGAGUGCAAUUCAUGAAGAGUUAUAUUAUACAAGCCACAGGAUCUGUUUACUCACAGACCACUAGUAUGGAUGAGAGAUCCGCUGCAGUGUGAGCGGAUAUGAACAUCUAAUAAAGAUUGACUUGGACAGAUAGAAAAAAGGUUUGCUUUGCAGUAUAUCUACUGAUAAACAAUCACAAAUGAGCUUUUUUUUUCUUUCCAAAAUUGUAUAGGAAGGAUCAUACAAUGUCAUGCUCAAGCCUUAUAGUGUUAUUUGUGCAUAUAUUUGUAAAUGUUUGUAUUUAGAUUUCUUAUCUUUUAUUUUUUUUUAUUUAGAAUUUUUGAUUGUUUUCUAGA